AUGGCGAAGUUGAUAGCUUGCACUGAAAAUCAUGUCUUUGCUACAAUUGCACCAAACAAGCUUGCAGUUUUAGAUAAGAACAAUAAAAUAUCGAGUGAAACUGAACUUGAAGCUGAUUUAAACGCAAUUGCUAUUGAUAAAAAUCGCAUUGCAGUUGGAUUGAGAAACAAAGAAAUUAUUAUUUAUAACUAUCAAGAGGAUGGCACAAUCACUGAGCAAUUCAAGGCUACAGCCGAAAGAAUCGCAGAAGAAUUAGCAUUUUCUGAUUAUAAAGGAAAAGAUUGCCUUCUUCUUAACGAUGGUGGCGACAUAUUUGCAUAUGAUAUUGCUGAUAUGAAGAAUCCACACCUUUUAUUGGGCCAUAUCGCUACAACAACUUCAUUCGCAAUUUCUCCAGAUCAUAAAGUUCUUGCAACAUCAGAUAGAGAUGGCAGAAUUAGAUUUUCUAAGUAUCCAAAUGCUUUUGAUAUCAUUACAUUCGGUCUUCAACACGAAGAAUUUAUUUCUGAUAUAAUUUACCUUCCAUCUGGAGAACUUAUUUCUGCAGAUGGUGAUGGACAGCUCGCCAAGUGGGAUUCUAACGGUAAUUUUGUUAAAUUAGAAAGAACAUUCACAGAACAAACAAUUAUCAGACGAAUCUGCUUAUUCAACGAUAAAAUCGCAGCCAUCAACGAAAACAGUAGUAACGUUUACGUAGUUGAUACAGAAUCAUUAAAAGUUGUCGAUACAAUCAAGACAAACUUGCAACCACUCUGUAUUGCUCCUUUCCAAGGUGGAUUGAUCUGUGGCUGCAAUGGCGAAUUACUCAAAAUUUCUGGAAAUGAAAUUUCAGUUAUUCCAGGCUUCGACUUUAAGAUUGAUCCAAUGCCAACAAUCGCAAAAUUACGUGUUACAACAAAGCAAAUCAUACAUAAGAACGAAAAGAAUACAGAAAUUUAUAAUAUCUGGAGACAUCCAGAAUUGUUCCCAUCUCGUGACCACGAACAAUAA